AUGUUUAAUCUUGCCAAAAUAAUUUCAAGACCAUUAGGACCAACCAUGGUAGAAGCAGUACCACCACAUCUUUCCAGUCCACAAGAAGAACGCAAGUCGUUUACACAAGUCAAAUAUCCCAAGGAUUUAUAUACUUCCGAAUUAGACAUUCAUACUCGAAACCUUGCUGAGUAUGAUAUGGAUAUUUAUGAAGUCAUGUUAGAUUUGAUUGAAUCAAAUCAACCAAAUCUUGAAUUAUAUAAACAACAACCAUAUUUAACAUUCCCAAUUCGACAAAAAUUAAUUGAUUUCUUAUUGAAGAUGUCAAUAAGAUUAAAGAUUAUUCCAUUUGUGUUUGUUAAAGCGGUUAGGUUAUUUGAUAGAUAUUGUUCUAAAAGAAUUGUCUUAUUAGAUCAAUCUCAAUUAAUUAUAACUACUUGUCUUUGGAUUUCAAGUAAAAUCCAAGGUGGAAAUAAUCAUUUUGUUAAUUUAAGUAAUUUAAAUAAAGUUAAUUCAAUUAGAACUAUUAAUGAUUUAGGUUAUGGAUCAGGUGGGAAAUAUUUAGGUCCAACUGAAAGAUUUAGAUUACCUAAAUUACAUGAAUUAAUUAAAUUAUGUGGAACAAAAUGUCUGUAUGAUGCUGGUAUGUUUAAACAAAUGGAACUCCAUAUCUUAAACACGUUGGAAUGGUCAUUGAAUGAUCCUUCAAUUGAAGAAUUUAUUGUUAAUAGUGAUGAGUUUAGUAUUAUUGAUAAUUCAACUCAUUUUAAUGAAAUCUUUAAAGUUAAAGAAUUCCUUAGUUAUGUUGCAUUAUAUUCAUCAGAAUUAAUUGAUAUUAAUGUUAUAGAAUUAGGUCAAGUCAUAUUAGAUUUGGUAAAUGAAACAUUACAAAUUUCUCAACAAGAUCCUGAUUAUCAAACUAUUUUAAAUAGUUCAACUCCAGUUCAAAUGGAUAUUGAAAAAUAUCGUUUCAUCAAGAAGAAUUUAAUUAAAGCAGUAUUAAAUUCUUCUGAUUUUAUACUACAAUUAUUUAAUAGUAAAGGUCCACAAUUUGUAUUCCAUCAAUUAACUUCACAAUUCAGAGUCAGAGUACAACCACCUCCACAAAUUGUACCAACCAUGGUUACAUCUCCAUUGUCAAUUACAACCACUAUUUCCAAUACAUCAACCGGCUUCACACCCGUCCCAUCUCCAGUAACACCAACCACAAUGUCAAGUACAUCACCCACAUUAUUAAAGAAAAUGUAUCCCACUACCAACACAACAACCUGCCAAAUGAUGACUCCGCCACAAUCGACCGGAGGUCCUAUGGUCGCUGCUAAUAAUAAUAAUAACUACAAUAACCACAAUAACAAUAAUUACAAUACUCACAAUGCUGGUGGUGGUGGUAGUAUCCCUCCACCACGUCAGAUCCCUUAUAGUUUCAAUUCAUCAUCCUCCCCUACCGAGGCACCACCAUUACUUCCUUGUAAACAUGGUUAUUCGCCAUAUGCACCCAAAACUGGUCGAUUUCGAGAAAGAAAUCACUCACAAGUAAGUUUAAGUACUACAUCUAGUAAAGAACAUGAUGUAUUUGAAUAUUGUCGACCACAUGGUGAUAAUAAUAUUACGCCAUUAAGUGAGAAUCAUUCACCUAUUAUGGUGAAGAAAUAUUGCAAGAAGUAG